UUUUUUUUGAGGAAUGCAUUUUCUUUCAGAGUUCUUUUUUCGCUCCACUUUUGCUUCAUUUUUAUACUCUUUUUUUUCUAUAGAAGAAAAAAUUAACUAUCAAUAGAAAGAGUCAAGUCCUCUUUUCCAUUAUCAAGCUUAUCCUUUUUUACACAACAGAACCCAGUUCUUUAAGAAGAAACAGUAAGGUUACUGGUAGUGUAGUAUUUUCCCCUCUCUUCCGUUAUUCCAUGCUGUAAUACCUUUUUUACGAUUCUCAACAAUCUCGAAAGAACAGCCCCUAAUCCAACAUUUCAAUCAUGAAACCGUUUGAAAGUUUAUUUGAUAUCUACGCCGUUUAUAUCCAGCAUCCUGUCAUUUCAAAGUGGCUAGCAGUUGCUCUUUGCGUGUCGUUAUUUUUGAAUACUUACCUUUUCAACGCUGCCAAGCAGCAGCAAAAAGUGUAUGCCAAGGACGUACCUGCAGGGAAAGGUACAAAUAAGACGACAAGUAAAACGGACAAUCACGGUAAAAAGGAACCACUACAAAAACCCUUUGAAGAUACUCGGCAAGUGCUAGCUGCUAGACCAACAGCUGCACCCAACGUGUCUUCUUCAUCACCCACUGCCGCCAAAAAAAGUCAUCGUCAACAACAACAACAACAACAACAACAAGUUUCUCACUCAGACAUUGUUCGUCCUAUGGACGAGGUUUUAAGCUUAUUGGGUACACCUGAAGUGUUAACAGACGAAGAAAUCAUUUCUGUUGUGCAAAACGGUAAAUUGGCUCCUUAUGCUCUUGAAAAGGUUCUUGGCGAUUUUGAACGCGCCGUUCAAAUCCGUAGAGCGCUUAUUUCGCGUGAUUCUGUAACAAAGACGUUGGAAGGUAGUUUUUUGCCUUUCAAGAAUUACCAUUAUGAUAAAGUAAUGGGUGCUUGUUGUGAAAAUGUCAUUGGUUAUAUGCCCAUUCCCGUGGGUAUUGCAGGUCCUUUAAAUAUUGAUGGUGUUAUGAUCCCUAUUCCUAUGGCAACGACAGAAGGCUGUUUAGUUGCUUCUGCAGCUAGAGGUUGUAAGGCCAUCAAUGCUGGCGGCGGUGCAGUGACUAUUGUCACGGCUGAUGGUAUGACACGUGGACCUUGUGUUGAAUUUCCCAAUAUCAAACGUGCUGCUGAUUGUAAAAGAUGGAUCGAAAAUGAAGGAGCUGAGGUUAUUACCGAAGCAUUUAAUUCUACUUCUCGUUUUGCUCGUGUCCGAAAAUUGAAAAUUGCAUUGGCUGGUCGUCUCAUGUACAUCCGUUUCUCUACAACAACUGGCGAUGCAAUGGGUAUGAACAUGAUUUCUAAAGGUUGCGAAAAGGCAAUGAGUAAGAUUGCUGAGGUCUACCCUGAUAUGCAAAUUGUGUCACUUUCUGGUAAUUAUUGUACGGAUAAAAAGCCUGCUGCUAUCAAUUGGAUUGAAGGCAGAGGUAAAUCAGUGGUUUCUGAAGCAACGAUUCCUGGCGCUAUUGUAGAAAAGGUACUCAAGACCAGCGUCAGCGCGCUUGUGGAAUUGAAUAUCUCUAAGAAUUUGGUCGGUUCAGCCAUGGCUGGUUCGGUGGGUGGCUUCAACGCGCAUGCUGCCAACAUUUUAACCGCUAUUUAUCUCGCUACGGGUCAAGACCCUGCUCAAAAUGUGGAAAGUUCAAACUGUAUUACCUUGAUGAAAGCAGUGAAUGGUGGAAAGGACCUCAAUAUUUCUUGUACAAUGCCCUCGAUCGAAGUAGGUACCAUUGGUGGUGGUACUAUUUUACCUCCUCAGCAAGCUAUGCUUAAUAUGUUGGGUGUACGUGGUCCUCAUCCUACAGAACCUGGUGCUAAUGCCCGUCGUCUUGCGCGUAUUAUCUGUGCCUCUGUUAUGGCUGGUGAACUAUCUCUCUGUGCUGCUUUAGCUGCUGGUCAUUUAGUGAAGGCACAUAUGGCUCAUAACCGUAAUACCGCUGCUACUUCUGCUCCUAAGGAUACCACGGCUACCACGGCUACUUCCACCAUUACUUCUUCCCAUCAACAUCCCGCAAGAUCUACUAAUGCGCCCGUCAUUGAAGCAUCUACCCCACCUGCUACUCCAAUUGAAAAGGAAGAACCUAUUCCUGGAAGCUGCAUCAAAUCGUAGAUUUGUUCCAUUUUUGUUCCUAUUUUGUAUCCCCCACCCUUCACUUAUCCUUUUUAUUUUUUGACUUGACAGUUUUGGUUUAUUCUCUGUUUCUUUUUUUUUUUUUUUUUUU